AAUAACUUGCUGGCUAAACUCUAAAAAAAUCUGUCACAUGGUUAAUGAGACAUUACAUUAAAUAUAUUUAAACAGGAACCCAAUUUAUGUACAUAGGUUAAAUAUAGAAAUCAAUGAGAAAUGUUGAAGUAGUUGCAAAAAAAUAGUCCAAAAAGAUGGAGCAAUAAAAUGUUAGGACGUAAAAAGUCACAGAAAAAUCUGUCCAAGCAGCACAGGCAGCCGCAGGCUUGACUUUGACGCAUCUGCACUCUGAAGAAUGCCUUUGCUUGAUGAUUCAACUUUUACUGCAUUGGUUGAAUUAUUGAAAAUAACUUUUCAGACAGCAUUCUCAUGUGUAACAUAUUAGCAUUUCUUUUAACCUAAAGCUGAGAAUUUUCACGCUCUUUUUUCAUGUUCGGGAUGAGGAUUGUCUUUAAAAGAUAAUUAGGACUCUGGGUUUGGAUAUUUAUUGCAACUAAAAUAUUAGACAUUUUUCAGUAUAAUUUCGAGGUUUGAUAAGCUUUAAUAUUACGUCUUAAUGGACCUGUUUUUUUAAGAGCUUGUCUCACAUGUUAAAACAAACACACACGAUGACCCCUUUUUUUUUUACAUCUAAGGUACGAGGUAGCGGCGUUGACCUUUGACCACUGUUACUGUGGCGGCCCGCAGCAGCUUCAUGGUUUGAUGGUUCGUGCGAGUUCCACCAGGAGUUUAGAAGUCAGAGGAGAGAAUGAGAGACAAAGGAUGCAGCACUGUGGUGUGGGACAUAGACAGGGGACAGUGACUCUAUACAGAACCACAGCAACACUUUUGCACCACAUUAGACCGUCCACCCCCUCAGACAGAGUGCAUCCUGGGAAAACUCCUGCUCUGGAACUUAUCAGAAACUUGGCUGGACGCCCUGACCAGCCCACAGUGAAAAUCCAUGCAGCCAAAUCAGCUCAUCCAACAAAUACAGAAAUAACCUUCCAGGCUGUGUGUGAGGCCGCAGACUUUGAAGCAGAGUUCAUCUGGACCUUUGGAGACUCCACGUCAGUCCGAACCAACACAAGAACCGUCAGUAAGAGAUAUCACAGACCCGGCAGGUUUGACGUGGCUGUGCUGAUGAUAAACGGUCACUCCUCCAUCACCUCUGAGCCGUUUCCUCUGGUGAUCCAGAGAGCAGUGAAGCUCAACAGACUGGUCCACCAGGCGUCAGUGCUGCAGAACCAGACGGUAAAGCUGAGCUGCCGGGUCAACAUCGGAACCGAUCUCACCUUCCUGUGGAACUUUGGAGACGAAACGUCCAGACUGGGACAGAGCACAGAGCAACACAUCUUCAACAGAUCUGGUGAGUUGACAGUAAAAGUGAUUGUGUUCAACCUGGUCAGCUCUGCCUCUCUGAGCAGUCACAUCUUCGUGGUGGACCGACCUUGUCAACCUCCACCAGUCAAAAACAUGGGUCCCAUCAAACUACAGGUUCGAAGGAGUGAGGUUGUCCAUGUGGGAGUGACCUUUGACACAGAACUUGACUGCGACUCAGCUGAAGGUCUGAACUACAGCUGGACCUUGUCCGACUCCACAGGCCGGACCUUAGAUCUGCCUGUGACAGAUGCUCACAGACAGACUCUGAUACUGCCAAGCCACUCAUUACAGUAUGACACCUACACUGCCAUAGCCAGGGUCCAGGUCAUUGGUAGCGUCGCGGACAACAACUACAGUAUAAAAAUUGAAGUCAUUCCAAGUCCUCCUGUGGUUGUUGUACGACAAGGAACCAACCUUUUUAUAAACAUAAAGACAACUGCCAUAAUAUCACUGGAUGGGAAGGAAUCACAUGACCUGGACUUUCCUUCCAACCCACUCAGCUACAGCUGGACAUGUAAACCUCUCAGCUCCAUCCCUGCUUCCUGCUUUGAUCCCGUCGUCAACAUUUCUACCUCUUCCGCUGUGCUCACAUUCCCUGCCAACGUUCUGAAAGACAACUUUGACCAGUUCCAGUUCACGCUCACUGUAAACAGUGGCGAGCGUUCUGCUUCAUCAGAGACUUUUAUCACUGCUACGUUGAAUCUGCUGGGGCAGCUGUCAGUUUACUGCCAUACCUGUGAUGGAAACCAGAUGAACUGGGAUCAGAUGUUGUCCAUCAGUACCUCAUGUAAAGACUGUGGUGUUUCUCCAGAACAUCUCGAGUACAGGUGGAGUCUGUUCCUGGUCAAUGCCUCCUCCAGAGGCGACACUGAAGUGCCAUUUUGUUACGCUGCAGAUCUCGGUGUUCCUUCCACAAUCAUACAGGGUUCCUCCACUUCUCAGAUGUCACGGACCUCCACCCAGUCUCAACAUCACUCCCUCACUUUCCCUGAUGAAGUCUCUUCACUGCAGACCAGGGCCAUCUCUGAAUCUAGAGGCUGGGAACAACAUCUAGGCCUGGUUGAUUCAGAGGACCAUCUGUCCACUGAACACCUGCUGCCACAACAUGCUGGUCAAGUAGAUGAUUUUGGAGAAUUUUCAAUGUCUUCUCUCUCCUCUGCUGAGUGGGUGUUAUCAUUACCUGACCUGGGAAGUGGUGAAGUGGCAAGUGGACUAGAUGUGGACUAUGAUGCUUAUUUUCCAAGUGCAGAGGAAGGAGAUCCUGGAAGCUCUGCAGGAAGACCAUCAGGUGUGGAUGGUGAAAGCUUCAGUCCAGGAGACGACUCAGUGUUUGACCCCACAGCCCAUAAAGGUGAGGGCAGUAACCUGGUUGUCUCUCUACCUUUUCACCAGACGUUACAUCCAACGCUGCUGGAUUUACCCAGGGACCUGGUGCACACAGCCCUCUUUGAGUCCUACACUUACACAGGAAUUUUCUCCUCUGUGCUCAGAGUCAAACCCUUCAGUCUGAAGCCCAGCAGCAGAUACAUGCUGGAUGUCACUGCCAAGUCCCGGGAUCAUUUUGUUGGCAGGACUCAGCUGUUCUUAGAAACCAAAGCCGCUCCACAGGGCGUGAGGUGUCAGGUGCUGCCGGUCACUGGGGCAGAGUUACACACUCACUUCAGCAUCUUCUGUACAUCAGGGAAACAGGAUUUAUUAUACGAGUACAGCUUCAGUGUAGGAGACAAACCUGCCAGGGUUUUGUACCAGGGAAGAGACUUCCAGUAUUACUUCAGCCUUCCUUCAGGUGACCCUGCUGAUGACUUCAAAGUAAUUAUUUACAUUACGAUCAGAAGCAGCACACACACAACAUCCACUAAACCCUGUCCAGUCAUCGUCCAGGUCCGACCAAGCUUCAUCAGAGAUGCUUCUUCUCCUUCUGCUGAUCCAGACCUGGAACUGUCAGACGUGGGUCUGAGGAACCUUCUAGCUCUGUUGAAGCUGGGAAACAGUGCUGAGGUCUGUAACUACAUCAGUCUCCUCUGCAGCAUCCUGAACAGACUCAGUCUGGACGCCCAGGCUAAUGCACUGGAACAGAGACACAUACGCAGUGUUCUCAUUUGUACACUGUGUGAACUCUGGAGCAGCCAUCAGGCAUCAUGGGUAGACACCAUCUAUAUCCUCCAAGACCUUCUGCUGGUUACACACCAGGUCACUUUAGCAAGUGUCAAACAUGUGACAAGUCUCAUCCAGGUCAUUUCAGACCAGUUUUUGGAGUCAGCACAUUUUCGUCUAGAUCAUCAGACCAUCAACAGCCUGGUUGUUAUUCUCUCACACACCAUGGAAGCUGCUGUCACACAGCAACACCUCACAAAUGAAAAGCCCUACAUGGAUAAUAAUGGAGAGGUCUCGGAAUCACAGGCUGCUGAAAAUACCAGGAACGACGUCUCGUCUUCACGCAGCUGCGUACCAGCUUCAAGCACGAAUGAUCGCCCCAGACAACAGGAAGAAUCUGUGUCAGCAGAGCAGACGACUCAGGCUGUCGUUGAUGUUCUUCACACUGCAGCAGACCUGAUGCUGAAGUACAUUUUAUUUAACAAAGUCCAGCAGCACACAGUCACCACAGGUCACAUGACCUUAUAUGUUGUACGACUAAAUCAAACCUCUGCGGUCGUCAGCAGUGGCUCCACCACUGUCUACCUGCCCGCUCCUCUCCUCCAUCAUCUGUUUGUCCGGCCUCACCUAAGUGUCGUCAGCCUGAUGACAGAGCUCAAACACAACCCUUACACCUGCACACGGUGCUCCACACAGCUCAGUGGACCAGUGGUUGACCUGAGUCUUUACGAGUGUAAAAGGAGAAGAAAGAUUCCUGUUCCUUCUCUGGCUCUGCCCAUCGACAUCAAGCUGCAGCAUCUACCACGAAAUGAAAGCCUGAUGCACAGCUACAUCCUCCUUCACAGCCAGAUCAACUAUCACAGCUUCAACAUCACUCAGCACAACCUACAGAGUGCCAUCCAGCUGAGUGUGGUGUUCACUUCGCCACUCAAAAAUCCAUUUCCCAUCAAGAUGCUGUUCAGGAUGUUUGAGAUGCCGACUCCCAGCAUGCACCACCUGCACAGGGUUCACAACUGGGAGAGCAUCAACAGUCGCAUCACUCUGCCUCCAUCCUACCUCAAUGCUGCAGGAGUUGGUUACCUGGCGCUGCUGAAUGCUGAUUUUGAGAAAUCACCCAGAACCAAACACAUGAGUGAACCAAUCAGCUACAGCCUCUCAGUGGUCAGCAGCCAAUGUUUGUCCUGGGACAGCCACCAGGGGGCCUGGACACCUGGAGGCUGCAAGACACAGCAGGAAGAUGGCUCCUCAGCUGUCAACUGCAGUUGCCACCAGCUGAGGCCACUGACUGUGACUCAGAACCAGAUCCAGACCAGUCACCACUCAGAAGAUCUGGACCUGUUCAUAAGUGACUCCUGCAACCAAACUGUGCUGCUGCUGCUGUUGGUGGUGGUGCUUUGCCUCUACAUCCCCGGGUUGUUGGUGUGUAGAAGAGUCGACGACACUAACAAGAAGAAUCAGAGAGUCCAUUAUCUUUCCAACAACUCUCCAUCUGACCUGUAUUUUUAUGCUGUGACUGUCCACACUGGUCUCUGCUCCGCUGCCUCCAUGAGUGCAAAGGUUUACAUCGUGCUACAUGGUGACGACGGUGUCUCAAACAUAAGACAACUCCAGGCUGCGAGCUGCCCUCUGUUCAGGAGGAACACUCGAGACACGUUUAUACUCAGCACAGCUGAGAGUUUGGGCUCAGUCUGGGGGCUUCACAUCUGGCACGACAACUCUGGACAUUCUCCCAGCUGGUACCUGAAGAAGGUGGAGGUGUCUGAGGUGACCGGGGGAGGUAGGAGCGGCCGUGCCUGGUUUUUCCGUGGACAGUGCUGGCUGGCUGUAAACGAAGGUGACGGGCGAGUGCAGAGGACGCUGCAUGUUUGUACUCAUGGCAUUAGCUUUUCUGAGAUGCUACGUGCUACAUUAUCUGACCUCUUGGCUGACUUCCACAUCUGGAUGUCUGUGUACAGCUGCCCCUGCCCCAACGAGUUCUCACAUGCUCAGAGACUCAGUGUGUGUCUGCUCCUGCUGUUAAGCUACGCCUGCGUCAACGCAGUAAUUGUAUCACAAACCAAUGAACAGUUACCAUUGGAGUUUGGUAUUCUGGAUUUGUCAGCAGUCUCUGUGGAAACAGGACUGUUAAGUGUGGCAGCGGCGUUGCCCGGAGCAACAGCAAUAUCUGCUCUGUUUCGCCUGCGUGAGGUCAAGCUGAUCAGGUCUAGAGUGCAGCAAAGAGACGACAGGAGGACAGAAAAAGACCAGGGUGGAGGUGUCCAUCCAGUAAAUGACAGCAUCUUUAAUGUCUCUUGGUUCAGUCUUCAACUGUGGAUUCAAGAAGCCUGGAGAAGGAAACACCAGGGUGGCAACUUGGUAUCAGUGUCUGCUCCAAGUCGGCAGUAUAAAGAAGUGGAGAGCGGAUCUGUGAACCAAUCAGGUGUGUUGAUGACUAACGAGGAAGUGAAGCAGAGAAAUGAUGAUGAAACAUUAAAGGGAAGAGAAGAUCCAGAGGAAACCACCUCAGUCUGUGGGAACCAGGGAGACAAGGAUGCUAAUGAAGUCAUUCAGAAGAAUGAAGCUCUGCAAGGAACAUCUGAGUGUGUGUAUCACGUGGCCGGCGACUUCACGUCGCAGAAAAAUGGAACAUCGAUUCUGUGGUGGCACUGUUUGGCUUGGGUCCUCUGUCUGCUGUUGUCAUUCUUCUGCCUGCUUCUGUCGUCAGUGCUGGGGACGAGGUGGGAGACGUACCAGGAGGUUGUGUUUCGUGAAUUAUUAUUAAAACAUUCAGUGUUUACGGUGACCUCUGUGUGUUUCUGUGUCAGAUUCAACAGCAGCCAACUCCUGCUCUGGGCCCAGGCUCUGGUUUUCUCCUUGGUUUCUUGCAUCUUCUUCAUCCACCCUGCAGUGGUGAGGUGUCACUUACGUUGCAUUUCAAAUGAAUACAGACACAGAGCGGAUUUUCAUUCUUUCCCCAAAAUUGAAGACUUUGAGUUACAGUUCUGCAGCUUCGGUGGUGCCGAUUCACAAGAGAACCUGUUCAGAUUUCAAACAAACUUAUGCUUUGAAAAGCUGCUUGUUGCUCGUCAAAGGGCUCGGUACUUGCAACUUGUGCGCCCCCCAGUUCAGGCAGAACUGAAAAGACGCCGUAAGAGGGCGAGAAGAGAGAGGCUGAUUUCCAACACCCUCAGGGAUUGGUGCGUCUGUGUUUGUAUGAUCCUCCUGUUGCUCUGUGUAACAAACAGCAGCUCCAACAGUGACCACCAGCUCCUGAACCAGUCUGUUAGAGAACACAUCAGCAGGAAUAUUGGCGAUAAAGACUCCGUGUUCCUACGAAACCAUGGCGACUGGUGGAAGUGGACACAGAACCAUCUGCUAAAUGUACUGUACCAGAAUGAAUCCACUAAAACUGAGCAUGAGAAAGGAGGCUCACCUCACCAUUUUCUCUGUGCUGUGUCUGUGUCUUUUUCAGAUCUUCAGACUGAAGCUUCCAUCAGAAUCUCUUCAAUCUUUCUCGACAGGGAACAGGAGAUCGUCAAACACAGACUCUGCUGUUCUGGCUCCACCUGCUGCUCCCACAUGUACUCUCCUGGGCUGCAACCCUGGACCUGGGCCUGGACCUGCAAUCAGUUUAGGUCACACAAAGUGAGAAAUACAGAUAAUAAAGUUUUUCUCCAAAUCUCAUGUAGCAUGGUCUGCAGCACAACAGUAAAAUCCAGUAUCAUCAUCAGGUCUGAGGCUGAGUCCAGACUGAAUCUCCUGAGGUCAGGUGGUGGCUUGGACAAUCAGACGGUGGCCCUGAAGGUCCAUUUCACCUUGUUCAGCCCUGCAUUCAACCUGUUCACCAGUGUGACCCUGCUGACUCAGCAAGGCCCAGCUGGUGAACUGUCAGUCUCUUCUAAAGUCCAGUCAGCGCGGGUUCAUCACACUCCUGUUAUGUGGGACUAUAUGGUCAUGGUUUGUCAGCUUCUCUUCCUCCUCCUCUCACUUCUGCACCUCUGUCUUCAAAUGUGCAGUGUAAGGCAACAAGGGCUGAUGGGAUACUGGAAGACGCCCUGCAACUGGCUCGAAGUCAGUCAACCAGAUAUGAGGCCACACACACGAUCCUAUACACACACACAAGCAGGAAACAGUGCAAACAAGAACACCCUGCCCCAGCCGGGAGGAAACAAAACACACAAACCCAGAGUCAUAAAAAGUCAGCCGUUAAGGAAUAGAGCAGCUCCUAGUGAAAAACGAACCUCACUGUUGUUGUGUGCCUCUCUGUUACAGGUCACUCUGCUGACGGUGACUCUAGUCUACCAUGUGUUUGAUGUCCGUCGCUCUGUCCUCGUCAUGGAUGCUGCAGAGCAGCUGCAGAGACACAGGACACACGUGGGUGUCAGCUCACUGGCCUCCUGGGAACAAGACAUUCGUAAUUUGCGUGGUCUUAUACUUUUCCUUCUGACCCUGAAGAGUGCAUCCAUCUUGAGGCUGAAUCGAAACAUUGCUUCGUCUGCUGUGAUGUCGACCCACUUACUGUCCAGAUUGUUCUGGCCCAUGGUUUUAGGUGUGACCCUACUCAUGGCCCUGUCCUGUUCUGGGAAUCUUCUGUUCAUACAGAAGUCGUGGGCUUUCAGCUCCAGCCUCCGCUCAAUCCUGACUCUGCUCUGUCACCACAAAGGUUUCAGACCUGUCAAAAACCUCCUCAUCUCUGGAUGUGACGCCCUCUACUGGGGAAUUCUCUACCUGUCUUCCAAAGUUGUGUGGACAGCUCUGGUAAUGGCUGUGGUGUCGUCCUUGGUCAGACAUUCUAGACGAUCUCAGAGCAGGAGAAAUGACUUGACGGUUACGGAUCUGUACUGCUACAUCAAACAGAAGUUUUCUGGAUUUCUUAUAAAGCGUGAGCCAGAAUGGACAGAUGACCACGUGGAGAGCAAGACUUACUACCUUGAAGAGUUUGAAAGCCUGGUUGAUGAGCUGUUGUUCAGACUCAGUGCUCUCACCGACUCUCUGCAUCACACUCUACCACCAAAACUCAAUCACUUCAUGGAGGAGGAGAGUCCCAUCACUUCACCUUCACAGGUACAUGCAACAAUGUUUAUAUACAGGUGAGCCAAGCUUACGUCCCAUACACUAAGAGACCUCCAAAGUGUGUAGGUACUACAACAGUCCUUUCAAGGACUCGAACUCCCAUAAUUCCA